CAGCUCGCUCCCUGCCCCUCGACACCAGCCAGCCACCUCGUUUUCACACUCUCACGGCCUCGCCCCAAUCAGCUUCCUCUCCAGCUACUCGAUCACCAGCCCGCGCAAGAUCGAACAACCAUGGUCAAGAAGCUCGCGCUCACCUCCCUCUUCUUCAACACCAGCGAGACGAGCCGGUGCCUUUCCUCUUCCACCUCCAUGUCCGCCGCCUCCUUCAGCACGGCGGCGUCGUGGCAGUGGCCAUCGUGCACGCAGGCAAGGACGCUGUCCUUCCGCCGCGACAGCCCGGAGAUCGUGUCCAUGCGCGACGACAGCAGCAAGCACGAAGAGGAGUACAAGACGACCAUGAACCCGGCCUACGCCAUCGACUACCCGGCCGCCGACGACAACUACUCCUGCAGCCUCAUCUCAGACGACUCCUGCCCGACCCUAUCCACGGCGCCGGAGCCGGAACCGGCCGCCGCCGUCGCGGACGAGGACGAGGUCAUCAUCCACGGGCUCCGGUCCAACAGCAGGCUCUUCUUCGAGCCCGACUCCACGAGCUCCAUCGUGAAGGUGAAGAAGCAACGGGGGGCGGCCACUGCGGCGGCGUUCGACGGGGCGACGGCGCUGGCCAUCGAGUCCGCCGACCCGUACGGCGACUUCCGGCGGUCCAUGGAGGAGAUGGUGAUGAGCCACGGCGUAAACGACUGGGGAUGGCUGGAGGAGAUGCUCGGCUGGUAUCUCAGGGCCAACGGCAAGAAAACGCACGGCCUCAUCGUAGGCGCCUUCGUGGACCUGCUCGUGGCGCUCGCUUCCUCGGCUCCCUCCCCUGCCUCCUCCUCCUCCAGCUUCAUCAGACAGCAGAGUCAUCUCCAACCUGCCAAGAAAGAGUGACUGACGAGUGCUCUGGGCCAAUGCGUGCGUGCAACUGAUUUGAUUUGUGUCAUGACAACAUCGAACGGUGCUUGUUAGCUGAUACUAUAUAUCCAUAAUGCGAGCUUGAUUGAUCCUGCGUGAGGUAGUGCAGAUGUAGCUGUUGACUGCUGAAUGAAUGUAUAUUGCUAGCGGUUGAGAGAGAGCUUAGUUUCAGCUGUGGUCGGUCAUCCCUGUCGAUGUGUACACUCUGAGAAUCUCUGAUCAUGUGGUUGGUCGUUACC